UGUUAAAUGUCAAUGUCAAUUUAUAUAAAUGUUUACAACGGAGACAGUUUACUGGUGUAUCGCAAAAGAAAUAACCUCACAUAUUUUCUAAUCUCGACCUUUUUAUCCUGUUUCUGACUCAUUUGUUUAUUGCUUAUUAAAUUUCACAAGUGCAAAUAUCAAUAUAUAAUCAAACACUAUAAUUUUCUCAAGUUAUGUGUUAAGAAGCUGAAGUGUUUUGUGUUGAAAAAUAUUUUGAAAACACAGGAUGGCUUUUUCGUUUGGAACUCCUAGUACUCAAAGUUCAACUUUUGGAGCUGCAGCGAAACCUACCUUCUCCUUUGGAGGUGGUGCAACGACUACUACCAGUUCUGCAUUUGGUGGGUUCGGAACUCCGGCCACUUCAACAGGAUUUGGCUCAUUUGGUGCACCAGCAACAAGUACCGCCACACCAUUUGGAGGGUUAGGAGCAACCCCGGCUUCUACAGCCCCUUCUCUGUUUGGCGGCACAGGCUUUGGGACAACUGCUGCUAAACCUACAACAGGUUUUGGAAACACCUCUUUUGGGGCUAAUACAUUUGGCACCACACCAGCAUUCGGAAACACAUCAUUUGGCAGUGCUGCCCCAACAUUUGGUAGUGCAGCACCAACAUUUGGUACCAACACUCUUGGUGCUAAUACAUUUGGAAAUACUUCAUUUGGUGCUGGCGGUGGCUUUGGUUCAUCAUUCGGUGCCAAACCUGGUAAUACUGGAUUUGGUGGUUUUGGUAACACUCUUGGAUCAGCACCUCAAUUUGGACAGCAACAACAGCAGCAGCCCCAACAGCAGCAGGGUCCGUCGUCAGCACACGAGGCGCUGGUCGCCGCUGUCUUCAACUGCUGUGUAUUCGGAGACGAGCGUGACCAGGUCCUCGCUAAGUGGAACCUCAUACAAGCUCAAUGGGGCACUGGGCAAGCUUAUUACAGCCGGAAUGCGCCUCCUUUAGAGCUCAACGAACAGAACCCAUUGUGCCGGUUCAAGGCUGUCGGCUACUCCCGCCUCGGAGGACGAGAGGACAAGGAUGGACAUGUCGCCAUGUUGUUUAAUAAACCUGAACAGGAAAUCAAAAAUAAUCAGCAAGCAUUGACUACAUCUCUACAUAGUUUGUUGGGAAAUAAACCGAAUUUGGCUGUCAACGUAGAAUGCGUUAAAGCUGUGUCGGAAAGCAAGAGUCAGGUGGUGAUAUACGUAGUGGACAAAGGCGCGGGCGGGUCCCACGUCUCUGCGUCGGAGCUGGGCGCGUUCCUCAGCGCGGGUAACGCACGUAACGCGCUGACCGGAGCUGGCUGUGCCUCCGUGUCACCCGUCACUGCGCCCUCCCAGCAGAUGCUUACGCAGUACUUGCAGACCGCGCCGCCUGGUAUGGACAUGCGGUUGUGGAAGCAGGCGCAAGCUGACAACCCAGAUCCCGAAAACUACAUUCCUGUGCCUAUUAUCGGAUUUUCUGAGAUAAAGUUCCGCAGCCGCUGCCAGUCGGAGCAGGCGAAGCUGCAGGCGCAGUGGCUGCAGCGCGCGGCGGGCGAGCUCGCCGAGCUGCGCACGCGCCGCGCCGCCGCCGCCGCCCGCCUCGCGCACCUCGCCGCCCGGCUCCACGCCCGCCGACACACCCUGCUGCAGGUGGUGGCUCGUCGCGAGGUGGUGGGUCGCGUAGGGGCGGCGCUCAGCCCCGAGGAGGAGGCAGCGAGGGCGCGGCUGCACGAGCUCACGUCACAACUCGCCGCGCCGCCGCUUUAUAAUGGUCGUCUGAACGAGUUGCUAUGCGCGGUGCGACUACAGCGCAGUGCGUGCACGGGGGCUCCGCAUGAACGUUAUCACCUGGAUCCUGGUGCACAAGAAGACGUGAAACAGUUCUUGUCGCUGCAACAGAAAGGCAUGGCGCAUCUCUUGGACACGGCGCGUAAGGACCUCGCCGCACUUGGCAUCAUUGCUGAGGGAAUGUCCCGACUCGUGAGAGCUUAAUACUCUAUCUACAGGGAUAGUAGACGCGUAAGUAUACAGUCGCAUCAAGUUGUAUUAUCGAAUCUAAGACAUUUUCUAAUAGGACAUACUUUUUUGUAAAUUAUUCCAGGAAUAAAAAAUGUAUUUUUGACUUUCCAAACAAUUGUAUUUUUCUAAAAUUGAUUAUUUUCCUCUUGUCUAACCAAUGUGUUUAAUAAAGUUGAUUCAAGUUA